AGAAUGGAGGGAGUAUACCGGUGAAACUUUCUUCCCUUUUCUUUCUUUCUCCACCCACACGACCUCGAUUAUCAAGAGAAUGGACUCUAUUUUGAAUACAGCUUUGGAAGAGAUAUGCUCCCAGUUUGAACACGGAGUCACUCUUCAAUCCCUAUGGUCAAAACUCCAUUCAUCUCCUCCUCUCACUCCUUCAUUCCAGAAAUCCAUCUUCACUAACCUUCUCCGAAUCCCUACUCUCCGUUUCGAACCUCCUAACCCUAAUUUUGACACUAAUCACGCCAAUAUCAAAAUCUUCCCGCAACAAACCCUCGCCGAUAACUUCCUCGGUCUCUACGAUCCUCAAUCACUCCAACAAGCUCAAAUCCGCGUCCUUCAUCUCCUCGCGAAUGCCAAACACGACGGUAUUACUCAAUCUCAGCUUGCUAAGCUCUUGAAAAUUGAUCCGAACAACUUUCACUACGUUCUCAGGAGUUUGGAAUGUAAGGGCUUAAUCGUGAAACGUUCUGCUCUUGAAAAGAAGAAACAUGUUGGGGGAGUUUCUACUUCCACUAACUAUGUACCUACUAAUAUUACCACUAAUUUAGUUUACUUGCGUCGAUAUUCCAAGUCGAUCGCCGAGCAUCAGAGAUUUGAACUUCAAAUCACUCAAUUCAAUAAUCGGGACGAUAAAUCCGAGCUUCGAACUAAUGUCGUUCUCGCGGAUUAUGAACCUCAAAUCAAAGCUAUUUCUGACAAACUAGCAAAUGCCAAUGGCAAGGUUCUUCCUGUCAUUGUUAUUAAGAAGGAUCUUGGUUACACCGGAUCGCGUCCAAAACAAAGGGCUUGGAGACAAAUUGCUCACCGGCUGAAAACGCAUCAUAUUGUCGAGCAGUUUGAUGCUAAGGUGAAUGGCAAGAUUGAGUCUUGCAUGAGGCUACUUGAUCCAAUUACUACUGGGUCUGAAAAAGAAGAUAAGAAUUCAGACUCUGGGAAUAUAAGUAAAGUCAACGAUCAGUUUGUGGAGCUUCCUAUUGAGCAUCAAGUUUUUGAUAUGGUUGAUACUGCAGGAUCAGAUGGUAUUUCUAUAAAAGAGAUAUGUGACAGGCUUCAGAUUGAUCUGAAAAAGAAUCACGUUCGACUUGUCAAUUUAUGCUACAGAUAUGGAAUGAAAGCACAAGAAGAACAAUGCGAUAAGUCUAAGACAAUUCGAGUUUGGACAUCUAGAAAUUUCAACCCUGAACUCGAAGUUUCACUUAUUCACAAGCUCGACGAAAAUAAAACGUUGGACCAACAUGUGUCUGAUAGUUCUUCAAAAAUAAGACCUGAAUCCGAGGCUUCAAUUUUCGAAGGAGAACUUGUUGGCCAUGACCAAUUGGAAGAUAUAGGAGCUGGUCCGAAACUAUUACGUGCGGCUACAAACAAUGUAGAAACACCGACAAACUUGCAGGGUUCGGCCCUUGAUCAAAGGGGAACUAUUUCUCACAGCAAACCAAUCAGUUUACCUAGGGGGGCGAACAAUGCGUUGUCAGUAGCAUCAUAUGAUGUAUCGACACCAUUCACUGCUGGAGCAUAUCCAAGAAAUCCAAGUCUACCGAUCUCAUCUGAUAGCACUAAAAGGGCAAUCAGGAUACUAGAAAAACUAAAGGAGGAAAGGUUUGUUUUGCGACCGGAGCUAAAUAGGUGGCUUAAUACCUUUGAGAAGAAUAAGUCCAGAAAAGUGGACCGAAAGACUAUUGAUCGAAUAUUGGCUAUACUUCAGGAACAAGGGCAAUGCAAGUGCAUAACAGUGCAUUCUCCUGUUAUUGCUGAAUAUUCAAGGACCACUGAUUGUGUGGUUAUUAUGCAUCCAUCCAUAAAUCUAUCUCCUGAGUUAUUUGAUGAAAUACGAGAUAAAGUGAGAUCAUUUAAUACUUUUAUUCGCAGCAAAAGUAUUCGACCUCGGAAAGAUGAUGAAUUGAUACCUGUAAUGGAGGAUAUUCAGAAAGUUCAAAGCGAUAGAGUUCCAGGUCGGCAGGCAGAAGUAGCAGAAGCCAUGCGUGCUAAUGGAUUUAUUUUAUCAAAAAUGAUUCGUGCUAAACUGCUGCACUGUUUUCUUUGGGAUUAUCUGCAUAGGUCAGAAAGCCUUAGUGAUACUUUAUCAUCUAACGGUCUAGAUGAUAAUCCUCAUAGUAGCAGCAAACUAUUUUCUCUAGACGCGGCUAUUAAAGCAAUUCCACUGGAACUAUUUUUACAAGUUGCCGGGUCCACUAAAAAGUAUGAGGAAAUGAUUGAUAAGUGCAAGAAGGGUUUAUGUCUCGCUGAUCUUCCUCCUAAUGAGUACAAGUGUUUAAUUGAUACUCUAGCAACUGGAAGACUGUCAUUAGUUAUUGACACUUUAAGGCGGUUAAAGCUUAUUCGGAUGAUAACUUUACAAUCUACAGACGGAGUUAAAACUCCACAUACUUUGACACACAUAAUGGAACUUAGGCCUUACAUUGAAGAACCCCUUUCAAAUGAUGAAGCAUCUUUAAGUUUUAUGUCUCAUGAUCUUCGACCAAGAAUUAGGCAUGAUUUUAUUCUGUCUAAUAGAUACGCAGUUGAUGAAUAUUGGCGAACAUUGGAGUACUGUUAUGCUGCUGCUAAUAAAAAAGCUGCUUUAUAUGCAUUUCCUGGAUCUGUGGUCCACGAGCUUUUCCGCUUCCGUUCAUGGGCAUCUAAUCGCGUGAUGACAGCUGAGCAACGUGCUGAGCUUUUAAAGCAUGUUGCUAAGCAUGAUCUUAGUGAAAAAAUUUCAUACAAGGAUUGUGAGAAGAUUGCAAAAGAUCUGAAUCUUACCUUGGAGCAGGUACUUAGCAUGUAUUAUAGUAAGCGUCGCCACGGUCUUAAUCAGUUAAAUGAUGAAGAGAGUGAAAAUAAUUCACUUGAACGCAAUGGUAAUUCAUCUCGUCGCAGGAAGAAAGAUUCUUCCGAGUUCAGGCCAUCAAAAUAUGCAAGAAUUGAUGCAAAUGUUAUGGACAAGCACAUUGAUGAACCACAAAAUAUGGACAUUCAUUCAAAGGAGCAAGCGACCCAUGCGCAAGAGUUUGAGGAGGGUAGUUAUGAAAUUGAGGGUUCUCAAGACUGCUCUCCAUCUAUUAGCCGGUGUAUCUUAACUUCAAUGAGGCCACCACGCCAAAGCAGAUUCUUAUGGUCAGACAGAACUGACAGGCAAUUGGUGAUCCAAUAUGUUAGACACCGUGCUGUUCUUGGUGCCAAUUAUCAUCGCAUAGAUUGGGCCUCACUUACUGAUCUUCCGGCCCCUCCACAAGCUUGUAGGAGAAGAAUGGCUUUGCUUAAUGGUAACUUAAGAUUUAGGAAAGCUGUGAAUAGACUCUGUAGCAUGCUCAGUGAACGCUAUGCAAAACAGCUGGAGAAGUCUCAGAACUUGUCAUCAAAUAAAGAUGAUUGCAGACUGUUUGCGCAAUCCCAGUCUAGUAAAGGUGUUCACAAUAAUUUUAGUCCAGAUGUUGAAGUUCAAAAGGGUAGUCUAAAUGGAGAAGCCUGGGACAACUUUGAGAACAAAAGUAUUAAGACAGCCCUUGAGGAGAUUCUUCGCUGCAAGAUGAUGGCCAAGUUGGAUGCCUCCUCACAAAAUGUUCAAUCGCAAUAUGAAGAUCGAAAUGAAUAUGAAUCUCAAGAAAAUAACAAAACUACAUCAGCUGUUCAUAGUGAGAUUAUUCAGAGCCAUCACGGGAAACCCCAAACAUUUUCUUCCCAAAGAUCACGUCUUGACAUGAGAAUGUCUAAGUUUCUAAACAACAGGCCCAAUAUAUAUGGACAAGUAUAUGAGUCAUUGGCUGUUUCAAAUGCCGUGGAGUUAUUUAAGCUUGUUUUUUUAAGCACCGCUACCAGUCCACAGGCACCAAAUUUAUUAGCAGACAUUCUUCGGCGUUAUUCAGAGCAUGAUCUACUUGCUGCUUUUAACUACCUUAGAGAGAAAAGAAUAAUGGUUGGAGGCAACAGCAGUCGAUUUGAACUAUCACAGCGGUUCUUUCACAGUAUUUCCGAGUCACCAUUUCCGUUUGAAACUGGAAAGCAAGCUGUUAAAUUUUCUGUGUGGCUGAAGGAAAGGGACAAAGACCUCAACGUAAUGGGGACUGAUCUUGCUGAAGAUCUUCAAUGUGGGGACACUGUUCAUUUGUUUGCUUUGAUCUCAUCAGGAGAACUUUCAAUUUCACCAAGCUUGCCAACUAAUGGUGUUGGAGAAGCUGAUGAAUUGAGAAGUGGCAAGCGUAAAUCUGAUGCCAGUGGGUCUGCCUUUAGUGACAAAACCAAGAAACUAAAAUCCUUGUUCGGAACAGAGGGUGAAAUUAUUUCUCGCCGGGAAAAAGGUUUUCCUGGUAUAGUAGUUUCUGUUCGCCGCACGACAGUCUCGAGAGCUGAUAUUUUAGAUUUGUUCAAGGAUAAUGAUAAUAAUAACAAUGACCAACAUUUUGAGGGGGAUUUUCAAGUUAACAAGGCCCAAAGCAGUAACUAUUCACUUACUGAUCAUAUGUUGGAAACAGUUAACUCAUGUGACCAAGUACCUGAGAAUAAUAAUCACAUUGAAUCACCCUGGGAAGCUAUGGCAGAGUAUGUACGCCGUUUGAUGACAGUACCUUCCAAUCAAGAACAAGAAUGUGCUGUGUGUGCUGAGGUCUUCGUGGUUGUUUAUUCUACCAUCCAGAAGGCUGGUGACCAAGGAUUAAGCAUGGGAGAAAUUUCCCAAGCUAUAAACUUGCCAGGAGCAGAGUUAGAUGGACUGAUUGUUGAUGCUCUUCAAGCAUUUGGAAAAGUCUUAAAGGUCAAUGCUUAUGACUCUGUUCGUAUUGUUGAUGCCCGAUACCGCCACAAGUACUUUUUGACAGCGGUGCCUGGUUUUCGUCCUGUUCAACCUUCUUCAAACAAGACCGUUAAGGAAAGUGAUGAUACAUGCAAGCUUUACAAAUCAGAUAAAAGUGACUCUGCUGCUGCUGAUGUUCUGAGGGAAAGAAACAGUGGCCUUGAUAAUGUGCACAAAGUGACAAUUCUUAAUCUUCCACACGAGGAUGUGGACCAUGAAAAUCAAGCUUGUGACAUGAACGAAGGCAGCAUGCAAAUCAGAUUUGGCCCGUCGAGACAAGAUCAUGAGAAAGAUAUAGUCAAGAUUCCUUCGGGUGAAUUAUGUAUGCCAAUAUUGCCAUGGGUCAAUGGAGAUGGGACCAUCAAUAGCAUUGUUUUCAAGGGACUCAAACGUCGUGUUCUUGGAAUAGUGAUGCAGAACCCAGGGAUAUUGGAGGAGGAUAUUCUACGUCAGAUGCAUGUGCUGAAUCCACAGAGCUGUAGAACUCUUCUGGAAUUGAUGGCGCUGGAUAAGCACCUAAUUGUGAGGAAAAUGUACCAAAGAAGAUUUGGCAGAGGCCCCUCCUUGCUACAGAAUCUUAUUGGAAGCAAAUCGAGUCAACAAAAGUGGAUUUGCGCAGAGCAUUUCUUUGCCAAUCCUAUGAGUACUUCCUUGUUGUAGGGAAAAUAUAUGGGUAUUGGAUAUGUAAAGUAGAUUAAUAUCAUGUAUAGAUAUAUAGGUAAUUUCAGAUACUGAUAUUAAAGUUCAUAUUUGGAAGAAUCAUAACUUAGAUAGCUUGCAAUAUAUUUUAAACUUAAGAGCUUUUUGAACUCCAUGUUCUGUUCUGACUUAAGAAUAUCAAUAUUAAAGAUUCUUUGUAUUUCA